CAGCGAGGCUAAAAUGCUAAACUGACACUUUCUGAUCCGUGUUGAACAAACUGCUUCAUUUUGAACUGAGUCCACAUAUUUGGCUUUUGUUGUUAAACACAGGAAGAGACUGCCAGGUGAAGAAAGUCCCGUGGAACUCAGCAGAACCGGUUUAAAUACGAACUCCUGCUGUUUGCAAAAAUGUCUCAUCUUCCAGCGCUUUUCAAGUAUGUGGACGAACACCAGGACCUAUAUGUGCAGCGCCUUGCAGAAUGGGUGGCUGUCCCGAGCGUGUCUGCAUGGCCCGAGAAACGUGGGGAGAUCAAGAAGAUGAUGGAAAUGGCAGCCAAAGACAUUGAGAAGCUGGGGGGGACAGUAGAGCUUGUGGACAUUGGCAAACAGAAGCUUCCUUCUGGAGAGGAGAUCCCCCUCCCUCCCAUUGUCCUGGGGUGUCUGGGCUCAGACCCCAAGAAGAAAACUGUGUGCAUUUAUGGUCAUCUUGAUGUCCAGCCAGCCCACAUUGAUGACGGCUGGGACACGGAGCCUUUCACCCUGGUGGAAAAGGAUGGAAAGAUGUUUGGAAGAGGAUCUACUGAUGAUAAGGGCCCAGUGUUGGCCUGGUUUAACUGCAUUGAGGCCCAUCAGAAGAUUAAACAGGAAAUUCCCAUCAACAUAAAAUUCUGCUUCGAAGGGAUGGAGGAGUCUGGAUCUGAGGGCCUGGAUGAACUUGUGUUUGCUCAAAAAGACAAAUUUUUAAAAGGCGUCGACUAUGUCUGCAUCUCUGACAAUUACUGGCUGGGCAAGACCAAACCCUGCAUCACCUACGGUCUGAGAGGAAUCUGCUAUUUUUUCAUUGAGGUGGAGUGCGGUGGGAAGGAUCUACACUCAGGCGUGUUUGGUGGCUCGGUUCAUGAGGCUAUGACUGACCUCAUUGCGCUUAUGGGUUCCCUGGUUGAUAAGAAGGGAAAGAUUUUGGUCCCUGGGAUGUACAACAAUGUGGCCGCUCUGACAAAAGAGGAGGAGAAGCUGUAUGAGAACAUUGAAUUUGACUUGGGUGAAUACUGCAAAGAUGUGGGAGUUAAAAAGCUGUUGUAUGAUACAAAGGAGCAAAUCCUCAUGCACCGCUGGAGGUACCCAUCUCUUUCUCUUCAUGGUAUUGAAGGGGCCUUUUCUGAAGCAGGAGCCAAGACUGUUAUCCCCCGCAAGGUCACUGGAAAGUUCUCCAUCCGCCUUGUACCUGACAUGGACCCUGAUUUGGUGGAAAAACAGGUGAUCGAGCAUUUACAGAAGAAGUUUGCGGAACUUGAAAGUCCCAACAAACUGAAAGUGGAAAUGGGUCAUGGAGCCAAAGCCUGGGUCUCUGACUUCAACCACCCUCACUACAUGGCUGGCCGAAAGGCUAUGAAGACAGUGUUUGGAGUUGAGCCUGACCUGACGCGUGAGGGCGGGAGCAUCCCUGUGACCCUGACCUUCCAGGAGGCCACCGGUCGGAACGUCAUGCUGCUCCCUGUAGGCUCCUCUGAUGAUGGAGCUCACUCCCAGAAUGAAAAGCUCAACAGAUCAAACUACGUUCAGGGAACCAAGAUGCUAGGUGCCUACUUCCAUGAGGUGUCACAGUUGGAAUGAACUGAUGUAUCAUCAUAAAAAAUGCAAAUUAUGUCAAUCCUUGCUAUCAAAGCUGUAAUAAUUCUGAUACAAUUUGACCUCCACAGCCUCCAUUUUUAUAUGUGCUUCCAACAAUAAAGUAUUUUUAUUUGUUACA